AGUGCUCACUGGCAGAACCUUCCAGAGUGACUCGAUAAUGUCCAUGUCAUUCUUUCCUUCUCUGGAACCUCAAUCUCGUAAGUUUUUUCAUCGUCUUCUGCAGAAGGUCUCGGCAAAGCUAGGCAUCCAAGACAGUCCUGCUUAUAUACCUGACAAGUUUCCGCAGAGCAUCUUCAGCACCAUCUUCAGCACCUUCAACACAACAUCAUAAUGGCCACUUCAUCUAUCAGCAAUCUAGUAACACUUGGAGGCACUAAGCAAUCUGUCGAUACUCAACCUCUUCCUAGCCAGCAGACAUUUACAUGCUUCCCAACAUUGCCCGUCGAGAUCAGACUCCAGAUAUGGAAGUUUGCCGCCCAUAUUUCGAGAAAUGUUGACCUUCAUAUCGCAGAGCAGUAUCGUCAGCCGCGCGACAGCUACUGUCCCAACGAUACGAUAUGCUUCUACGCCUCUCAUACACGAGUUCCGGCCGUGCUCUUUGCAAAUUUGGAAUCCCGCAAGGAGAGCUUGAAGUGGUACAAUUUCGAAUUCGACAUGAAGUCCGCUCUCUCCCGAGAGGAUGAUUUCCACCGGAGCAUCUGCAUCAAUUGGGCCGUUGAUCGUAUUUGUUUCAAGAUGCCAGUUUCGCGAGCUGGUGAGACGAAAUUUUCGGAUAUGUACCCUACGAUUAUCGAUCGUUGCAAGGCCAUGCAUAUACGUUCACUCGCAGUGAUUGUAGAUGCACGUAACAAUCCCAACUCCCAUACUUAUUGGUUCAUUGCUACAUUCCGAUUCCUCGAUGAAAUACUUCUCCUGGCGGAUACGGAAGAGGCGGCGGUACUUUGGGCUUCUGAACGCGAUCAAGGCUUCGAUAUCAUCCCAUUUCCGGAUGGAUGUCCUUCGCCACGAAUGCUAAAGCUAGGGAGGUAUCCUUUCGUCAUUUUUGAUAAGUACAUGCAAAUACUGUCAAACAGCUGGGCAACUGCAGCUGAGUACGAACAAUUAGCAGGAAUUGAGAUUAAGACCAGACCCCAAGUCAAGAUGAUGCGUAUAUUUGUAUCCUAGAAGUACUUUUAGCGCAUGAUUGAUGCUGGUUCGUUAGACACUGUGCUUUGACACAAGCAUGAAGCCUUUCUAGUCCCACAGGCCUGCACAUCUACUAAGUUCCAAUGCCUAUCAUUCGUUCUCCAACCAACAUACCGGUCUCAAGUCAGAAUCAUGCAAGGAGGAAGAACAUCUUGUUCGUUCCUGGCAGAAAUGUGUAGUUGCCUAGAGACAAGUACUGCAACUACUGUCAGCAAGAUCUUACGUGAAGUCAAUCACAUCACUCCUCAUCCUAAGUCUCUCGGAGAUGUCAGCGACAUAUACCCCGUCUUAGCACUCUUUGGACCCCCAUCACGGCUCGGCUAUACCACGUCUUACUUUCCAA